AUGGCGGAGGCGGUGGCGGUGGUGACCGAAGACGAGGAGGAAGUAGCGGAGCCGCGACUGCCGCAGCUGCUAGAGACCGGCCGCCAGCUCCUAGGGGAGAUCGAGGACACCUGCGAGUCAACGAACUCCAGGUUCAUCCAAAAGAAGGUGAAACAGGGCUUGGAGAGCCUAGAGAAAGCUUCCCGCAUGAUGGCGCAGCUUGACCUGUUCAGCCCCAACGAGGAGCUGGAGGAGAUCGCCUCCACUGACCUGAAGUACCUCAUGGUACCCGCCCUCCAGGGAGCGCUUACCUUGAAGCAGGUCAGCUUAAGCCACCGGCUGGAGCAGGUGCAGACCGCCCGGGCCCACUUCGUGGACUUUUUAAAGCAGUGUCAGAACUACCAGAUCACGAAGCUGGAGCUUCCCCCAAGCCCCGACAACCCCCCAGCGAAAAAGUCGCUAGAUGGGCCCGCUGGAACCCAGCAAAGCCUCGUUGCCAUGGCAUCCCACAGACAAGCCACAAUAGAGAGAUACAAGCAGAAGAAGGAGCUGGAGAAUAAGUUGGCCUCUCUGGAAUCUGCUGUGGAAAAUGGCCGAGCAGAUGAGGAACAAGUCCGAGAGUAUUACCUGCUUCACUUACAGAAGUGGGUCAACAUCAGUUUGGAGGAGAUUGAGAGCAUCGACCAAGAAAUAGUGAUCCUGAAAGCCCGAGACUCGAGAAAGCAGGCAUCAACUUCGAGGAUACCUCCACAGAGCAGACCUCCAACCAAACCUUUCAUUCUCACUCGAGACACUGCCCAAGCCAAGGUAUUUGGCUCUGGCUAUCCCAGCCUGGCAACCAUGACAGUGAAUGACUGGUAUGAGCAGCGCCAGAAAUGGAACCCACUCAAGAAUACCACAGUAAACCUCAAUCAGGAGGCAGAACAAGAUGAGGAUCAGGAAACAAAGUCAGAAGAGGAUGACGAGGACACCCUACACAAAAAGCGUAACUGGGACGACUGGAAGGACACACAUCCACGGGGUUAUGGCAACCGGCAGAACAUGGGUUAA